UCCCGCGAGAGAAGGCUAAUCUGUUCCACCUCUCCGCCCAACCCGUUCCUACUGCUGCCGCUGAGUGCCCAACAUACGUUGCUCGUUCUUCGAGGAGUGUGGCGAAGAAGACAGUGGGUUGAUUACGACGGAGAGACUUGUUGGACCCGGGAAAACAUACAAGCUCAAAAGAUCGCAGCGCUGUUGUAGGAAGAGAGAGGGGCGGACAGCACUCAACCCGGUUGCGGCGACGCUGGAGCUGCCGCAAAGAAGAUGAAGCUGAAGCGAUUUCUGCUGCGGUAUUACCCGCCAGGGAUCAUGCUUGAAUACGAGCUUCGAGAUAGGUCGCGGGAGAUGAAGGAGAUCGAUCUUUUGCACCUAUCUCCAGAAAGUGAUGUAGACGUGCUUGUCAACCAGAUCGUGUUCGAGGAACCGCUGAUUUCGGAGAGCCGCAAGCCGCAGCUGCGGAGGCUGGUCCACAAGCUGAUCGAGAAGCUGGAAACGAACGAGUGCGAUGAUUUUUACCUCUUCAAGAUACUUCGGGCUCACAUUCUGCCUUUGACGAACUGCGCCUUCAACAAGUCUGGAGACAAGUUCAUCACGGGAUCGUACGACCGCACGUGCAAGGUGUGGAACACCACCACCGGGGACGAGUUGCUGACGCUGGACGGGCACCGCAACGUCGUGUACGCGAUCGCUUUCAAUAACCCCUGGGGGAACAAGAUCAUCACGGGAUCAUUCGACAAGACCUGCAAGCUGUGGAACGCCGAGACGGGUAACCUUUUCCACACCUACCGAGGACAUUCUACGGAGAUCGUGUGCCUGUCGUUCGAUCCUCAUGGGACCAAGAUCGCCACGGGCUCGAUGGACAACACGGCCAGGGUCUUCGACGUGGAAUCAGGAGAGUGCCUGCACACGCUCCUGGGACACACCGCGGAGAUUGUGUCUCUCAACUUCGACACCAACGGGCAGAGGGUCAUGACCGGGUCAUUUGAUCACACCGUGAAACUAUGGGAUGUCAGGACCGGGAGAUGCACGCACACAUUGGCGGGCCACCACGGAGAAAUCUCCAGCACCCAGUUUAGCUACUCCUCUGAUCUUUGUAUCAGCGGCUCUAUCGAUCGCACGUGUAAGGUGUGGGACGUCGCCUCGGGACAGUGUGUCCACACGCUCCGCGGCCACAACGACGAGAUUUUGGACGUGAGCUUUAACGCCACGGGGUCGAGGUUGGUGACGGCGAGCGCUGACGGCACCUCGAGGGUGUUCAACACCAUGAACGGGGCUUGCCAGGCUAUCCUCAUCGGCCACGAGGGGGAGAUAUCGAAGACUUGCUUCAACCCCCAGGGGACUCGCAUCCUCACGGCGAGCAGCGACAAGGUGGCUCGCCUGUGGGACGCCGACACUGGCGACUGCCUACAGAUCCUGGAAGGGCACACGGACGAGAUUUUCUCCUGCGCCUUCAACUACGAGGGAGACACCAUAAUUACAGGCUCUAAGGACAACACUUGCCGGUUGUGGCGGUGCUGACGAGAAGCCCAAGGGUCUGCUUCAUCCCUCCAAAGCUUCUCGCCAACUGCCCAUUGUAUCGAGUCCCUCUCCACGGGCACGAACAGGGCACCGGAGUUUGGGCGUUGCACCCCAUGCCCGCAGGCUUUCGGCCGAACAACAGUGUGACGCAAAACUUCGCGCUUGUUCUCGUCGCCUACGACGCGCAACAAAAACUCUGCGACGUCCGAGUUUUGGUUGUGCUCGAGCGACUGGCGAGCGGUUUGCCGUGGGCAAGGCGGCUUUGCUCCAUACAUAACUGCACGACAGCGGCCUCUUGGAGGCCUUCGGUGGCACCUAGAUCGUACAACGGUGGUAGGUGAGCCGCGCCUUGACCUGGAGCAUGCCGAUUCUGUGCCACGCGGCCGGUGGGCAGGUGGGGUCAAGGUGUGGCGCAUGCAAGCGCUGGAUGAUAGAUGUGAAGGCGUUUGACAUGCGCCCUAGACUAUAACACGAAACUUAGAAAAAGGGAAAAGCGUGGUGUGUUGGAGAAGGCGGAGAGACGCGAGAUUUGAGCGUCGGGUGAAAUCAGAAAAAAAGUGUUAUCGUUAGAGUCCACCACGGUUCCAACCCCGCGUUCUUCGUAGGCGUUUCAAAUUUACAAGUUCUGGCAUAUGAGCUUAGACGUACGCAUUUUCGACCGAGGGCGGAACGAGCGAAACGACCGUUCGCGUUCCGGCGGCUAAGGGUCUCCUGCCCAUCACGUUGUAGGCUACACGAUACACGUCGGCGAAGAGAUAUUUGUGGUAUGCUAUCCGUCUGAACCAGGCCAUGAUAGCGAUGGAAUAAGUUUCUGGUACAAGUAUCCACAGAAGUUGAUGUACAUGCCAGCAAUAGCACGGGUGAAAGGCCAUGAGGGUUAGAGACCCCACGCAAUGGUAAAGAUGCUUUUGUAUCGUUCUACGCGUUCGAACGCUUCUCUCUUGUAAUAUAUUUCAUGACGUUCGCUACGUUCAUUCGCCAGCGGAGGGACCGACUUUGUGAGAUUUGCAUAGCGCCGAAUAGUCUUCUUGCACACGUGGGUUAGCAUCGUUAUCGAUCUUUCUAAAUAUUUAUUUCGUGCCGUAGGUUUUUGGGCGAAGAAAUGCUUGAAUCAAGGCGCGGUCUUCUUUUGCUGUUCCCUUGUAUUGCGACGCCGCGUAAGACCGCAUGCAUGCCUACUUGCUUUGCACGUGCGUGAGGAACAGAGUCGGGGUAUCAAUCCUGAAGCGAUUAUUGUUGCAGUGUUGUGUCGUUCCGGGCUACCUGCCGUUGUAAUGUCGGGUGUCUGUGCAUACUACUGUACCCAACGAGGAAAAUGGGCACGAUAGCACGCCGUACUUGAGUACGAUACGUUCAAGAAUCAUGUAGACGACAUCUCGCCUCGCGCGGGGACACUCCGUAUUAGACGCUGGCGGGAUUUCGAUGGUCUUAUCAUAGUCUUACACAACUCACACCCUGGGGUUUUGGUUUUCGAAGCUGGCGGUCAGCUAGGAGAAGUAUUGUAAGAGGUGUUUGAGGUUUGUGAUGUGAUGAGUAGCUGCAAACAUGUUUAUAAUAUCAUUAUUACUCUGUUUUUUUUCUCAGUGUCGGCGGCGCUCCACGAUAUGUCGGGAUAACGGUUGUUGGCAAGGUUGCCAGUAUCGUAUUAGAGAGGUUUCCCCGCGUAACAAGGGUGACGAGCCCUGUUUAUGUGAUUGGUCGGGGCGGCAACAGUAGACCUCAAGUCGGGUGCUCUCUUUUCGGUAGGAAAACCCGUUGCCAAACUUUUUCGCGUUUUUCACAAGAAGGCUAGACUACAUCGAUUUGUUUUUGAUCCCAUUUAGCUAGACCCAUACGACGCACAGAGUC